ACCAAACAUCCUAUUGCAAUUUGCAAGGAUAGAGAGAGAGAGAGAGAUACAUAGAGCGGAGAUCUACUCGUAAACUUCCAGUUGCGCUCACAAUUUCACUCGUACCAACACAUAACACCAAGAUCUGAUUCAUACUCGCACUCAAUUGCAAUAUUUAGGUUUAAAUUUCAUACUCUCUCUCUACAAUGGCGCAGUACGUGAAGAAAGACGAUGAUCGUGACGAGGAAGCUGAGUACUCUCCCUUCUCUGGAAUCGAGAAAGGAGCAGUUCUUCAGGAAGCUAGGGUCUUUAACGAUCCUCAAUUGGAUUCGAGGAGGUGUUCGCAGGUUAUCACAAAGCUGCUUUAUCUCUUGAAUCAAGGUGAUACCUUCACAAAGACUGAAGCCACAGAAGUUUUCUUUUCAGUAACAAAACUUUUCCAGGCUAGAGAUGUCGGAUUAAGAAGAAUGGUUUAUUUGAUUAUAAAGGAGCUCUCUCCCUCUGCGGAUGAGGUUAUUAUUGUCACAAGCUCCCUUAUGAAAGACAUGAAUAGCAAGACCGAUGUGUAUCGGGCAAAUGCUAUUCGUGUUCUCUGUCGCAUUACAGAUGGAACACUUCUUACUCAAAUUGAGAGAUACUUAAAGCAAGCUAUUGUUGACAAAAACCCUGUAGUAGCCAGUGCAGCGUUAGUCAGUGGUAUCCAUUUGCUCCAGACAAACCCAGAGAUUGUGAAAAGAUGGAGCAAUGAGGUACAAGAAGCCGUUCAAUCAAGGGCCGCACUUGUUCAAUUUCAUGCACUUGCUUUACUCCAACAGAUAAGACAAAACGAUCGGUUAGCUGUGAGCAAAUUAGUGACCAGCUUGACAAAGGGCACUGUUCGUUCACCUCUGGCUCAAUGCCUGCUGAUUCGUUACACCAGCCAGGUUAUUAGGGAGUCAAGCAUGAACAGUCAAACUGGGGACCGCCCUUUUUAUGACUAUUUGGAAGGUUGUCUACGCCACAAAUCAGAGAUGGUCAUUUUUGAAGCAGCAAGGGCCAUAACGGAAUUAAGCGGUGUUACUAGCCGAGAAUUGACCCCUGCAAUUACUGUCCUACAACUUUUCUUGAGUUCAUCUAAGCCCGUACUUCGGUUUGCUGCUGUUCGAACAUUAAACAAGGUGGCAAUGACUCAUCCAAUGGCUGUAACUACCUGUAACAUAGAUAUGGAGAGCUUGAUUUCUGACCAAAAUAGAAGUAUUGCAACCCUUGCCAUUACCACACUUCUCAAAACAGGAAAUGAAUCAGGUGUUGAUCGUCUGAUGAAACAAAUUACCAACUUCAUGUCUGACAUUGCCGACGAGUUCAAAAUUGUCGUGGUUGAUGCCAUUAGAUCAUUGUGUUUGAAGUUCCCUCUUAAGUUCAGAACAUUGAUGGGUUUCUUGAGCAACAUCCUAAGGGAAGAAGGUGGAUUUGAGUACAAGAAAGCAAUUGUCGAUUCAAUCGUAACUAUCAUAAGAGAAAUUCCAGAUGCAAAAGAGAGUGGGCUUCUUCACCUGUGUGAAUUCAUUGAGGACUGUGAAUUUACAUAUCUUUCAACACAGAUUCUCCAUUUUCUUGGUAUCGAGGGACCAAAGACAUCAGAUCCCAGCAAAUACAUUCGGUAUAUAUAUAACCGUGUCAUUCUUGAAAAUGCAACUGUUCGAGCUAGUGCAGUGAGCACUUUGGCAAAGUUUGGUGCUAUGGUUGACUCGUUAAAGCCCCGUAUUUUUGUUCUGUUGAGGCGCUGUUUAUACGAUAACGAUGAUGAGGUUCGUGACAGGGCUACGCUAUAUUUAAAUACUAUUGGAGGUGACGGUUCUGUUGUUGAAACUGAUAAAGACGUAAAGGAAUUUUUGUUUGGGGCAUUGGAUCUUCCACUUGCCAACCUUGAAACUAGUUUGAAAAACUAUGAACCGUCAGAAGAACCCUUUGAUAUCCGUUCUGUAUCAAGGGAGGUUAAAUCUCAGCCAUUUGCAGAGAAAAAAGCUGCUGCUAAAAAGCCAACUGGUCUUGGUGCUCCUCCUGCGGGCCCCACUUCAGCCGUUGAUACUUAUGACAAGCUGCUGUUGUCAAUUCCGGAGUUCUCAACUUUUGGACAGCUUUUCAAGUCAUCUGCACCGGUGGAGCUCACUGAAGCCGAAACAGAGUAUGCAGUUAACGUAGUUAAACACAUAUUCGAUAGGCACGUUGUGUUCCAGUACAACUGUACCAAUACCAUUCCUGAACAGUUAUUGGAAGAUGUUACCAUUCUUGUGGAUGCUUCAGAAGCAGAAGAAUUUGAAGAAGUAGCAACUAAACCAUUAAAGUCCCUACCGUAUGAUACACCAGGACAAACGUAUGUUGCGUUCGAGAAACCGGAAGGGGUUCCUGCUGUUGGCAAAUUCUCCAACGUGUUGCGGUUUAUGGUUAAAGAGGUUGAUCCGUCAACCGGUGAGGCUGAGGAAGACGGUGUGGAAGAUGAAUACCAACUGGAGGAAUUUGAGGUUGUUGCAGCAGACUACAUGCUUAAAGUUGGGGUUUCCAAUUUCAGGAAUGCAUGGGAAAGUUUGGGCCCGGAUUUUGAACGGGUUGAUGAGUAUGGGCUUGGCCCAAGGGAGAGUCUGAAAGAAGCAGUUAGUACUGUUAUCAAUCUUCUUGGCAUGCAACCUUGCGAGGGCACGGAGGUGGUUGCGGCGAACUCAAGAUCACACACAUGCUUGUUAUCAGGUGUGUACAUAGGCAACGUGAAGGUACUUGUUCGAUUAUCGUUCGGAGUAGAUAGCGCAAAAGAGGUGGCAAUGAAACUUGCUGUUAGAUCAGAGGAUGAAGGUGUAAGUGAUGCAAUUCAUGAACUAGUAGCCAACUAGUCAAUUUAUCCAACAUGAAAUUACCAAACUCCACCUUAUAUAAUAAACAUUGUUGUUUUUUUGUUAAAAGAGUCAAUAAGACAUUUUUUUGAAGAGUAUAUGUAUUUGCUUUUAACUUCUUUUUGUUAUCAAGGGUGUUUUAAUAGGCAGACAUUUUUUAUAUUGUUUACAAGGCGAGUAUAAAUUUUUAUUUUUGUAAGCAUCUCGGUUUUGGUUAA